UGCUACAUUUCUAACAUCUUCCUCUUGCUGUAGCUAACAGGAAGUUGUGGGUAGAACGCUCCACAAAAGACAUUUCAUUCUAUUCAGGUCGUCUUUGGAAACCAUCCUCAGCAAUGGUGAAGAUUUUUGUGGGGAACCUUCCCCGAGAAGCUACCGAGGAGGAGAUCAAGGAGCUCUUUGAGGAGCACGGCACGGUCACCGAAUGCGCCAUCAUCAAGAACUUCGCCUUCGUCCAUAUGGAUGACCGUAAGGCUGCCACCAAAGCCAUCAGGACCCUUCAUCAGCACAAGCUCCACGGCACAGCGAUCAACGUGGAGGCCAGCCACGGGAAGAACCAGGGCCCCGUGAAACUGCAUGUAGCCAAUGUAGAAAAAGGAGCUGAUGACGAACUCCGUGCUCUGUUUGAAGAGUACGGUACAGUCACAGAGUGUGCUGUUGUCAAGAAUUUUGCUUUUGUGCACAUGCCCAACUAUGAUGAAGCCAUGGAUGCUAUCAAAGGGCUUGAUAACUCUGAGUUUCAAGACAAACGCAUCCACGUUCAGGUUUCUAAGAGUCGACCUCGGUAUGAAGAAUGUGAAGACUACCCACCUCCUCCCCCAGACAGGGGAGGCUACUGGCCUCCACACUAUCCAGGAGAACGGCCUGAGCCUCCCCCACCCGGCUACCUGAGGGCUCGCCCCAUGCCCCCUGGUUACCCAGGUCCUCCUCUGCCACCGCCUCCCCCCAGGCGGGCGGCUUAUCCUGAGCGGCCCUAUGACAGCGAAAGGGAGGGAUACAGUGUAGUAGAUUACUACGAGAAGUACCGAGCUCGUCCGUACGCCAUGUCUCCCUAUGAAGAGCAUCGUGCUAUACCCCCACCUCCUCCGCCUCCGCCCUCCUCUGUCGUUCGAGACCGCCUUAUGACCUCACCGCUUAAUCCAUAUGAGCGUCGACCCCUCCCUCCUCCCCCUCCGCCUCCCCCCUCAUCGUACUACGCCCGAGAUCGCAGCCCAAUCCGGAGGGCUCCUAACGCACCGUUGCCCCCUCCGCCCAGUAACGGCUAUGCCUACGAUCGCUCUCCAUACACAGUUCCACGUGCAAGGGACCCCUAUGCGGACCGGCUGCCUCCGCCACCACCUGCACGCUACGCAUACUAAUGCGACACGUCAGCAUUUUGAAGGAUUGUUGUCCGACUGCGUCGCCGCUUCCUGAUUCACGUGACUUUAUCCUCUUCCUGUCUGCGGCUGAGCGCGUUUCGUUCCUCUCCAUCACUCAGAAGGAACUGAAUUCUUUUCGUCAAUGGCUGUUUGUUUGGUUUUAGUGCUUAGAAUCUGUUUUUUCCUUCCUCUGACUGUUUUAGUAUUGAAUUGUACUGUAAAGUCCUUCCUGGCAAACGUCUGAAUGGGGCGUCUUUUUUUUUUUUUUUUUUU